UUAGAUUCCCUUCCCAAUUCCCAUACGAAUCAGUAGAACAAUCUUCGUCUCGAAGAUCUCCGCAAACUUCAGGGAAGUUAUGGGAGACGAAGAGAAGAAGAUCGCAACUGCGCCGUUUCCUUCCGAUCAGAUCCAGAGAGGCUGCAAAUCCCCUCUUCGAUGCAUCGUAAAGCUCGGCGGUGCUGCGAUCACUUGUAAGAAUGAGCUGGAGAGCAUAAACGUGGAAACUCUGAAGUCGGUGUGCGCUCAACUGAGGGAAGCAAUGGCCGCUUCCACGAAUUCUUCACCAGGAAGUGUUCCUUCCAUGGACUGGAGCACGCAGAUGGGAUAUGCAGCCGUUUCCUUUUCGGAAGAGUUUAAAGAUGGCCGAGCAUUGGAUUUGGUUAGCAAUUUCAUUGUUGUCCAUGGAGCAGGGUCAUUUGGGCACUUUCAAGCAAGUACAUCUGGUGUGCAUAAAGGUGGAUUACAUCUUCCGCUCGUUAAGGCAGGUUUUGUGGCUACACGAAUCUCAGUGACAUCCCUCAAUCUUGAAAUUGUGAGAGCCCUUGCCAGAGAAGGGAUACCAUCUGUUGGAAUGCCACCAUUUUCUUGUGGAUGGUCAACAAAUGGAAGAAAUGUCGCUUCAGCUGAUGUUUCUCAUGUCAUUAAGGCAGUUGAUUCAGGUUUUGUCCCUAUUUUGCAUGGAGAUGCUGUACUCGAUGAGUUACUGGAUUGCACUAUACUUAGUGGGGAUGUGAUCAUACGCCAUCUUUCGCAUGAAUUAAUGCCCAACUAUGUUGUAUUUCUUACAGAUGUUCUAGGAGUUUAUGACCGCCCACCAACAGACCCAGAUGCCAUUCUCCUCAGGAAAAUAGCUGUAGAUGAGGACGGGACUUGGUCGAUCAUGAAGCCCUGUCUACAGCUUAAGAAACUAGGAGUUAAGAUCACAGUCGCUGCCCAUGAUACAACUGGUGGAAUGGAGACCAAAAUAGCUGAAGCUGCAAUGAUAGCUAAGCUUGGAAUCAAUGUCUACAUUACAAAGGCUGGAACACCCCACUCUCUAAGAGCUCUAAGAGGAGAAGUUGGUGAUGAUGCUCCAGAUGAUUGGCUCGGAACAGUCAUCUACUCCUCCAAGCACAAGUCUUUAAAUCCAUGACACCGAAGAACAUAGUCUUUGAUUCGCCCUGUCUUCGCUAGUUAACAUACAGCAUGUUUCCUUGCAAUAAUUUAAAGAAUAGGCUGGAUAAACUAAUAGCUUUCACGGUUCAUUUGAAAUCGAAUCGAAUUUGUGGUAUAUGCAAAACUGCAAUAUUAAAGUUUCAAUUGUCAUAAAUAUGGAAGAAAUAAGUGAGAAAGCUUGUGGUUUAUGUAUUUUUGAUACAUUUUUUUGUCAUGCUUGAAAUUUUUUUACUUGGAAUUCGAUGGUGUCAUUGUUAAACAUUUUUCAUAUAAUUUUAAUAAUAAUGAGAUGUCAUAUGUUUGUUCUAA